AUGAUAUAUGAGCUUAAGUGCAUUUGCAUUUGCAUUUGCAUUUUAGGUAGCUAUGAGAAAAAGGAAAAACCUUGGGCCAGAGAGGAGAUUGAGCUAGUAAGGAAAGUAAUGCAGAAAUAUCCAAAAGGAACCUCCCUUAGGUGGGAAGUUAUUGCAGACUACAUUGGUACUGGAAGAUCAGUAGAAGAGAUCCUCAAGGUGACAAAGACAGUUCUUCUUCAGAGGCCCGACUCUUCCAAAGCUUUUGACUCAUUCCUUGAGAAGAGAAAACCACCACAGACCAUUGCAUCCCCACUGGACAGGAGGCAGGAAGCUGAUGUCCCUGAGAAAGUUGUUCCUGAGAUGGUUAAUUCCAAGAAGCCUUUCAAUAGUGAUGGAGUCCAUAAUCCUGAAGCUUUGGUUGUUGCAAAUGGAGCUUCUUCAAUUACUGAACAACAAGAUGAGUGGCCUGCUGUUCAAGAAAGAGCACUAGUUCAAGCUUUAAAAACCUUUCCAAAGGAAACCAGCCAGCGUUGGGAACGGGUUACAGCUGCAGUUCCGGGGAAGACAGUGAUCCAGUGCAAGAAGAAAUUUGCUAUGCUGAAGGAGAACUUUAGAAACAAGAAAAAUGUGGAAUAGUGGGAUUUUUUUCUUAGAAUGCAGCAGUGCAGCUAUGUCACAUUUUUAAGGAAAGAAAGUUUGGUAUCUAGUUGGAGAGAUUCUUUCAUUUUUGAAGAUGAAAUUAGCUUAAGCUGCUUGGUAUACAGAGUAUUUUUGUCAGCAUCAGCUCUUACCACAUGGUAUCAUAUUUUUGAAAGAUGGGAGUUAAUCAUAUGAAAAAAACAGAGUAGAUUCUUGACUCUUAUCUACUGUUAAAGGUGAGAUAUCUUACAAAAAAUCAUCCCCCAUUCUUCCUUUUGAGAUCAUUCUUUUUCAAUCUACCAUAUUUGAGGGUCUGAUGUCUUGAGCAAAGGGAGACGAUAAAAGUUUUGGUGAAAGUUGACUUGUAGAAUUAGCUGACUUACCUGUUGUAAAGAACUGUUAUAACAAAAGCAUGCUUACAAAUUUCA